AUGGCAGCAGUAACUCAUGAAGUCACGCCUGAGGGCAACGCCAUCCUGGUGGUCAAAAACCCCAAUGCACCAUUCGCCCCUUGCCAUACAAAGUCUGCAGCCCCUGGCGAGAGCGCCGACGCCAUCGAUAAUAAAAAUCCCAGCCAGGAAGUCCGCAUUCGUGUCUCCUCUGCCCACCUGAAGCUCGCGUCUCCGGUCUUCAAGAAAGCGUUAUCUGGAGAGUGGAAAGAAGCCGCAACUCUGAAAGACUCCGGGUCUGUGGCGAUUGAAACCAGCGAAUGGGAUGUUGAUGCGCUACUCUUGCUCAUGCGCAUUUUCCACUGCCAGCUUUCGGACUUGCCCAAGAAACUUGACAUUGAACGACUCGCUAAACUUCUUGUCCUGGUGGAUUAUUAUGAGUGCGAUGACCUUCUCGGCUUCAUCGGGGAGAGGUGGCAUACGCCACUUUAUACGUUUCAGAAUAUCCGAGUGACCACGAUAAGGUUCUGGGUUGCUUGGACUCUUGCUCACGCCGAGGCGUUUAGUCAUUACUCAACCAUGCUUGUUAGGCAUGCUGACGGCCCCAUCAUGUCCCUUGGCCUUCCAAUCCCCAGCACCAUCGUUGAUAACUUAAACGAGCGCCGCGAAGUUGCUUUAUCUUCCAGUAUUCAAUCAUCCAGAAUCAGAAGAGCAAAUGGAAAAGCCAAGAUCGCUUAUGCCACAAGCUCUGCAAACGCUCCAUACCAAGGACUUAGUCUCCAUGACCUACAGGCGGCGGUGGGGGAGCUCAAACCUCCCCAGUUCAGAGAGUGGACGAAAGACAAACCAGAUCCCGAUAGUCCGAUCAAGCCACACGAAUGCAAGCAUACGAGGUUCUCCGAAUUGCGAGCUGCUGUUGCUUCCAGGGACAUCAAAGGUAUUGAGCUCUCUGACUUCAAGUCUCUCUCCGGUAAAGUCAAGCCUGUUGUCGCGUCCAAGGGCUGA